GGUAGGAGGGAAAACAAGCGCUCCAUCUGUCAGCGCCUCCCUGAUUAUGUAUGUAUUAAAUCACGCAUUGUCCCUCUGCCUUUCCGAAACACUUGUGAAGACAAUCGGUCCUAGUUUUGCGCAUGCUUAAAGCGCUGGAGCGACAAACCUGAGAACACACAGCACCGUAUUACAGUAAGAAACUACAGCCUGCGCCUUCAAUAGGAAUACAACAGCGCUGCAACCGGAGCGGAACAGACGCGUUAGGACGGAUGACAGAGGUGAUGAACAGCCCUGAAGCAGUCAUGGAGGACUUCAACCCUGGGGACCAGGACAUCCAUUUUCAGAUCUUCCCAGAUUCCCAUGAGAGGUACCCCAAGCUGUCCAAACGGCUUCCAUCUAUCGUGGUGGAGCCCACAGAGAGUGGCGAGGUAGAGAGUGGAGAACUGCGGUGGCCCCCAAAAGACCAGAGUACCACCGAUAAUCCCAGCCAUGCCCAGCCCCCUGCUGAGCCCCAGGCAGCAGAAGAGGAGCAGUACUGGGACAGUACUGGAUUGGCAGAAUAUGCGGUAGGUGGAGACUCCAACUGAGACCUGGGGCCAAUAAUGAUCCAGCUUUCACUGUGAGUGUGGUCCAACAGCCAGGAACACACAAGGAAGGUGGAGGCGUGGCCCGUCCCCCUCCUACUACUUGACCUGCACACCUAUGGGAAAACCCAUCCCCCUUACCUCUUGAUGGAGACAAGGCUAUGUAAAAAAACAUCUGCUCAUGUUUGCCAUACUCUGGAAUCUUUGCUCAUUUUAUAUACUGUACAUAUGAACAACCAUCUGACCCAUUUUGGAGAUCUAUGUGAAUUUGUGCUCUUUGUACAUGAUUCUUUGUUAACACUUGUGUAUAGAGUUUUUCCCAGGGUAAAUGCAUACUAUGCAUGAUUUUAGCCUUGCUGUGGUCCUGUGUUUACAAUCAAAGAAGCCUCCUCCUCUGUCUUAAACCCCGCCCACUCACCCUGAGUAACUGACUUCGGCCAUCUAGCUACAUAUGGUAGCUACCUGAAUAGCCAGAGGUAAUGUUACUUACAGGUGAAAUCUGAACCAAAACCACAGGCUCUGCACCCCUCCCCACACAAACAAGAGCAACAAACCCAGAAAAGUCCCAAAAACGUUUUAGAAUAACAAAUACAGGUAAAGACGCACAAAUUCGGUGUAAAUGCGUAAAGACUGAGAUUACCAGUGUAUCAUAGAUAUGCUGUAGCGUGGUUAUUUUAUAAUAUUUUCAGUGUAGAAAUCCUGCAUAGUAUGCCUUUUAACAGUAAUGCCAGAAUGUGUGUGUGUUUUUUAAUGGGUACUUAGAAAGAUAAGGAAUAUAUUAAAAUAUGAUUAUAGAAAUGUGUGAUAUGUAACUCUAAUGUUCGAUCCUUUGCAAUAUGUUGAUAUUUUUGUUUAUUUUGUUUACAGCACUGGUUAUGUGUGUGUACAGUGCAUGUGUGUGUGUGCGGGUAUAAAUAUAUGGCAGUCUAUAUUCAUAGGAAUAAACAUAGGAAUAGAUUUUUAAUAGAGAAUAGAUUUGCUUAGAUUUGCUCACUGUGAGCAGGGAGAACUGUUACAGCUGAACAACAGAUAUUUUAGAGUUUUAUAGAUAAUAGAUGUAUGUCUUAAUGCAGUCACCUUUAUGUUGUAAAUGUUGCUGAAACCUGUGAUUUUGUUAGGUCAGUUACGUGUUAAAGAUAUUCUAUGAACCAUUCCCUGAUUGAACCAGAUGAAUGUUUUUAAUAAUGGAUUACAGGACUACAGUGAAGUUGGGGAAGAGCCCCUGAACUAAUGUUCAGCGCCCAACUGGGUGAUGCAUGACAGUUAUUUUGUAUCACUUUGUUACACUACUGUGCUGCACACUCACAUUCAUGACAUUUUUGACAGUUCAUCAUAUUUAAAGUGUAUAACUAUCCUGCUAAACUGGUAUCAAAAACUGAAUUUGCACACAUUGAAUUUUGGUGGUACGUACAUUUUAAUACGCUGCACUUGAAGAAUUGCAUUAGAAAUUUUAUGGGAUUUGGAUCCAUUGCCUACACAGGCUCUGUGCAUGGAUUUGACUCACUUUUAAUGAGUAGGACAAUCUAGUGCUACAUUCUAUAUGCCAUAUACAGUGUGUGCUGUGGUAAACAUUCUUUUGUGCCUUUUUCAACAUGCACAUUAGAUUUAGUGGGUGCGCAGGGAGCUCACCGAAUAGUGGCAGGUAAUACUGGCAACGAAUAAAAAAGCAUGCGAUGAUAAGAAUGGUUUCACUUAGUAUCAGUGUGAAACCAAGGCAUAAUGAGAUUAUUCACAGUAGAUUUGCAUUCAGUUUACCAUAAAUGUCUGUUUUCAGUGUUGCUGUUAAGAUAUACAGUACUGAUAUAUUUUUCAUGUGUACAUUACAUCUGCAAAAAAAAUUAUAGUGCAUUCACCUGACCUAAUAAACAUUAUGCUAUGUUCAAAUGAUAUGCAGAACUCUGUAAUAAAAUCCUACUUUCUGGCAGAACUAUAUUUUAUCUCUGGUUAUGUGAACACCUGAAAGUAUUUUAUGAGGUUGUUAAUUGAUUUGCUUUUGUGCAUAAAUCUGCCAAUGUGUUCCUCUGUCAGUAUUUUAUCAUAAACUGUAUUAUCGUAUCACCAUAUAAAUGCUGAGUCUGGUGCCAAACUAGGUAGAAUAAUGCAAUCAGAUUUGAAGCCUCACUCUAUGCUGAUUUUCAUGGUAUAAUUUCUAUGCUGAUAGGUUCUGUGUUCCCAUUAGCAAGUUUUACAUUGUGAAAUAAACCAGUAAAUCAUGAAA